GUAUUUGUCAAAAUGACCUGAAGUUGACAGCCAUCUGACAUAUCAAAACGUCAUCCUCUAGUCAUUCAAUCAAAAACAUGGCAGACCUUGCCAACACAAUCGUGUCGCAGGCAGUAGAAAAUGUAACAGAAACGGCGAAAAAUGCGACCGGAAAAACGCCGAGCACCCCAGAAGGGAUGGCUGUGGCCUACGGAAGUUUGGUUGUAAUGGCAAUUUUGCCGAUUUUCUUUGGUUCUUACAGAUCUGUCGUCUACCAUAAGGAGAAGAAACCUGAAAAAAUGACAAAGAAGGACGCAGCAAUUUUCCCAAUAAUGGCUUCAUGUGCUCUCUUUUCACUAUAUGUAGUGUUUAAAUUGUUUUCUAAAGAGUAUAUUAAUCUAUUGUUGACUGGAUACUUUUUCUUUCUUGGAGUACUUGCCCUCACACAUUUAAUGAGUCCAAUUGUGAGCAAAUUAGUACCAGCUGCAGUACCAAACAUUCCAUACCACAUCAUGUUCAAACAGGGGGAAGGUGAUUCAGCACAUUACCUUGUGGAUUACAGGUUUUCAACCUAUGAUGUGGUAGCAUUAAUUGCAUGUUUGCUGGUAGGCGCAUGGUACUUAGUUCAAAAACACUGGGUGGCAAACAAUCUGUUUGGUCUAGCAUUUGCUGUGAAUGCUGUGGAAUUGCUCCACUUGAACAAUGUUGUGACUGGAUGCAUUCUACUCAGUGGUCUGUUCUUCUAUGACAUUUUUUGGGUUUUUGGCACUGAUGUAAUGGUCACUGUUGCCAAAAGCUUUGAAGCACCUAUCAAACUGGUAUUCCCGCAAGACCUGCUGCAAAACGGCAUGUCAGCCAACAACUUCGCCAUGCUGGGCCUUGGGGACAUCGUCAUUCCUGGCAUUUUUAUUGCUCUGCUGCUGCGUUUCGAUCAUAGUCUGAAGCGCGAUACCAAAACAUACUUCCACGCCUCUGUGAUCGCGUACUUCCUCGGCCUGACGGCCACCAUUUUUGUGAUGCACGUCUUCAAGCAUGCGCAACCCGCACUGCUGUAUUUGGUGCCCGCCUGCAUAGGAGUGCCGCUAGGUCUCGCGUUGGUGAAGGGUGAUAUUGCCGCCAUGUUCAAGUAAGUAAAUUUUAUGGACCAUUUUUACCGCAACACGACUCGGCACAAGUAUUCAAAUUCUAGCGUCCACACCAAAGAGAUGACAACCAAACCAGUUGCUCGAAGGUAGCUGAGGUGCUUUCCAGUGCAUCGUUCGUGUAACUUGAAGCUACCCACCACCUGUCAAUACCGUUCUAGUGCUCUAGAGUGUCACGCACCUGAGCUGCUCAUUUUUGAACUCUCCUGCCCCCUUGUGCACCAGCUUUUUAUCGGUGUUAUACGCUCCGGAAUAGUGGGGAUAACGAUAAUUGUGUCAAGAUUAUUAGGUUAUGUUUUUAUUGGCAUUAAACCUAUACCAGACAAUGGAGGAUGGUAAAAAACUAAUAAUGUUAUCACCCAGAGUCACAACGUACAUUUCAGAUGUUCCUUGAUAAUAAAGAUCACAUCACCUAUAUCAUUGUUUGACCAACACCUAUUGAAAUACAAAGUGAUAUUUUCGUGCGUUUUUGUUUUCUAUCUAAACAAAUUAAGAUGAAUAAAAAUUUUUAUAAUUUUCUUGAUAACGAAUCGGCCGAUUUUUAAAAAUCAAACGUCAAAAUAAAGACCUUUCAAACAAGCUAUUACUCGAUACCCCUUGUCAUUUAACAUUUUUAAGGGAAUAACUGGGGGUUCGAGGGUGAAGUGAAGUUUUUGAUAAAUCUGUGGUGGGAAGUCUUCAAAUGAACACCCUAUAUACCAAAUGUCAGCAUUUGUUAAGUGAAUUUUGUAGCACUAUUUCAUGCAGCAAUCAGAAAAAAUAAAAAAAUCACAUUUCAAAAAUAAAAUUUCAGAUAUGAAGACUCCACUGAUGAAGAAAAAGUCGCAGAGGAAAAGAAAAAAGAAGAGAAGCUUGCCAAGCAGGAAACGAAAAAAGUGAAAUGAAGAUAUAAGAUAUGAAGUAUAUUGUUCCAAGUUCAUAAUGUGUUAUUUAAAUCAUUCAAAAUCUACCCAAGACUGUGCAUAUUAUGUUUUGUAUUAUCGCCAGUUCUUUUUUGUGGCUGGCAGUUUUUUGAAGCCUCAACAACAUUCUUUGUUAUGAAAUGUAUACAAAAAUGUUUAUUAAAUGUUUUUUUAAGAAUGUAUAUUUAGUUUUCAUUUAUGCGUGUUCUGUGAACGUUUUCCUGAAUACAUUAAAGUCAUUGUAAAAAUAUGAUGUAUUAUAUUACAAAAAUAAAGAAUGCAGUUGAAAGCUGU